AGCAGCUGAGGGAUUCGCACUUGCGCUCGACUGCAUCUGUCACACAUGUCGUCGAUUGAUGAAGAUGGGCAAGAUCUGACGACUUCAGCCUUGGAUGCCGCCGGUGACGGAGCUGAUCCCGACCCCUACCUGCUGAAGGACGCGUCCUACCUGGUGCGUGACACCAAGUGGAAGAACAAACAGCGGACGCUGGUCUUCUCGUCACGGGGCAUCACGCACCGGUACCGGCAUCUCAUGGAGGACCUCAAAAGGCUCAUGCCGCACUCGAAAAGCGAGGUGGGCAAAGACACACACACAGACAGAGGCUCAUGUAAGUACAUGCAUGAAGCUUGGAUGAAUGAAUGGAUCAUUCAUGAGGCGAGUGAUAGUGUUGUGUGUGUGUGGUGUGUGUCUGUGUGUCUGUGUGUGUUGUGUUGACGCAGGCCAAGUGGGAGAAGAAGCAGACAUUGAGGGACGUCAACGAGCUGUGCGAACUGAAAUCGUAGGCGACACCUAACAGUACAGCACACCCGAGAUGUGUGCAACCCGGCUGAGGUGGUUCUUGUCAGGUGCAACAACUGUGUGUUCCUGGAGGUGCGCAAGGGCCGCGAGCUGUACAUGUGGGUCAGCAGAGUGCCUGACGGACCCUCGGCCAAAUUCCAAAUACUCAACGGUACUCGCCAAGCACACGUAGACGCCUUCUUUCUGUCCCUCGCGAGUGCAUGCACUAAGUGGCGCGUGUAUGUGAUGCUUCCGUGCAUUCAGUUCACACGCUUGGCGAGCUCAAGAUGACGGGCAACUGUCUGCUUCAUUCGCGGCCGCUGCUGUCGUUCGACCACCACUUCGACACUCUCCCGCCCCUCGCCCUGCUGAGGGAACUCUUCGCGCAGGUGGAGAAGUGGACAGACAGACAGACAGACAUGCCUCCCUCGUUCAACACAAAACUUGGUACAUGUGUCAUGUGGUAUGUCGUAUGUGCGCCCUUUGGCCACUCAGGUGUUCGGCACUCCGCGUAAUCACCCCAAAUCCAAGCCCUUUUUCGACCACGUGAUGGCCUUCUCCUUCCACGAUAAUAAGAUAUGGUUCAGACACUACCAGGUGGGUGGCUAAUCGCGCACUAGGUAGGGAGGAGGGGAGGUGGGCGUGAAGUGAAUCAAUGGAUCGAUGGGCGCUUGUGUUGUCGUGCUGUGAUGGAUGGAUGCCAUGUAUUCGUUGUGGUCUGACAGAUUGCCCCGAUGACUGAAGACGACAGGGAAGACCCUGACCGCACCGUCCUCACAGAGAUAGGUGGGCAAGAGGGGGAUUCAAUGCACACACGAACGCACACAGACAGACAGGCAGGCAGGGAGGAGGCAAGGUGGAGAGGAGUUUUUCAAUGUUCUGGUUUGUGUUGUCACAUGACCACUGGCUGUCUCCCUUGUUUGCUUAGGUCCCCGUUUUGUGAUGGAUCCAAUUCGCAUAUUCGGCGGCAGCUUCGGCGGCUCCACGCUCUGGCAGAACCCACACUACGUCUCGCCGAUCGAGGUCAGUAUACACACACGCAUUGCAUGGCAUGCAGAUAGAUGCAAUCAAGGCAUGCGUUUGUUUCGCGUAUGUGUGUGUGUCAUGCUACACCAGAUCCGCAGGAGGCUCCAUGCCAAGUACGGCAAGAGUUAUGCCGGCAGGCUUCUCGCAAAGGAACACAGAGAGGUACCCAUCGCAUCACAUCACACCAAUCGGGAGAGGAGGCAGCAAAGGUCGCUUGGUGUGCACACAUGCAUUGAUUCCUGUGUGGGGUGGAUGGGAUGGGUGUAUGGCUGCAGGAUGUGGAGCGGGCGGCCGAGAUGGAAGAGGAUGAGCUGGACCAAAUGUUCGAUUGACUGACUGAUGCGCGGCAUGCAUGGAAGGAAGGAUGCAAUCUUUUCUCACUCACUUCACUCGUUCGUUACCCAACGAACAAACAGGUGUAGAUAUCUCUGUCCGGAUACAUUCGUCGGUGCGUGAACGAGUCGACUGUUUCCUUCAAGACAGUGUCUGCUGUGAGGCUGACUGUGUGUCGCAUGUCAAAUGCGCUCGGUCGGUCCAGUGAUUGCAUUGAUCGGUUCGUUCGGGUGUCCGUCCAUUCACAAAC